UUUAUUGACAAAUCCGCGGUCACACUGGUCGGAAAAUUUGUAUUUGUUUUAUUUUUUAAGUUUUACGUCUAAAAUACCGUGUAUAUUAAGCUAGUUAAUCGUAUUUAAAAACAUGAGCGAUGUACUGAAGAGCUCCCAAGAGCGCUCCCGCAAACGCCGGCUACUUUUGGCCCAAACUCUUGGUUUGAGCAGUGUGGAUGAGCUGAAGAAGGUCCUGGGCAACUCGGAGGACACCAACAGCAGCCGGCAGCUCAGUGCCGGCGGACAACGUGAUGAGGAGGAUGGGGGCGCCUCCUCGUCCAAAAAUGCGCCCAGCGAAAACAUUUACAGGGACUCUUCGACAUUUCUAAAGGGCACACAAUCCUCCAAUCCGCACAAUGACUACUGCCAGCACUUUGUGGACACGGGCCAAAGGCCGCAGAACUUUAUACGGGACGUGGGUCUGGCCGAUCGUUUUGAGGAGUAUCCCAAGCUGAGGGAAUUGAUUAAACUCAAGGACAAGCUUAUCCAGGACACGGCAUCGGCUCCCAUGUACUUGAAGGCGGAUCUCAAGACACUGGAUGUCAAGACAUUGGGUGCCAAAUUUGAUGUUAUUCUGAUUGAGCCGCCGCUAGAGGAAUAUGCACGGGCAGCGCCAGCUGUGGCCACAGUGGGCGGUGCACCGCGUGUCUUCUGGAAUUGGGAUGAAAUACUCAAUCUGGAUGUGGGUGAAAUUGCCGCCCAUCGUUCGUUUGUCUUUCUGUGGUGUGGCUCUUCCGAGGGUCUGGACAUGGGUCGUAAUUGCCUAAAGAAAUGGGGCUUUCGCCGUUGCGAGGACAUCUGCUGGAUACGCACAAACAUCAGCAAGCCGGGCCAUUCCAAGCAACUGGAACCCAAGGCCGUAUUUCAACGCACCAAGGAACACUGCCUGAUGGGCAUCAAGGGCACUGUCAGACGCUCCACCGAUGGCGACUUUAUACACGCGAAUGUUGACAUUGAUUUGAUUAUAUCCGAGGAGGAGGAAUUCGGCAGCUUUGAGAAGCCCAUCGAGAUCUUUCACAUCAUUGAACACUUUUGUCUGGGCCGCAGACGUUUGCAUGUGUUUGGUCGCGAUUCAAGCAUCAGGCCGGGCUGGCUGACGGUGGGACCGGAGCUAACAAACUCUAAUUUUAAUGCGGAAACGUAUCAAACGUAUUUCGCGGAGGCCCCAGCCACCGGUUGCACCAGUCGCAUUGAGCUGCUAAGACCCAAAAGUCCGCCACCGAAUAGCAAGGUGCUGCGGGGUCGUGGACGCGGUUUUCCACGUGGCCGUGGUAGACCAAGAUAGUAGCAAAGCAAACGAACGAUCGUUGACUACAUUUACUACUCAAAUUUUCAUGUAUUUCUAGUUUGCUAAGUACUAAAAUUAAAGACUAAGGCUGCUGCAGACUGUGGUGGUUGUUCAGAUGCCUCAUAUAAACAUCCAAUUC